AUGGAACAUGUUCUUGCAUGUGCGUCUUCUCUGCUCAGUUGCCACAAGGUAGGAGCUUUCUGCUUUGUGCUCUUGUUCUUCAUCUUGUUCAUGGACAUGCUUCCUUUCUCCGGUUGGUUCUGGUUGAGAUAUUGGGGUGGAUCUUCCUCUUCCCCUGCUCUGAUGAAUCUGAAUCUGAAUCUCAUCCCUGGGGACGGACGGACGGUGCUCCAAGAAGAAGGUCCUCUACUACUGUCGUCCAUCAGAGCCAGGCUCAGCAUGUUCGUGAUCGAGGACAAGGGCGGCGCCAUCGCGCUUAUGCUGGCGUCGCUGCUGUUCCUGGGCACCUGGCCGGCGGUGCUCACCCUGCUGGAGCGCCGGGGUCGGCUGCCGCAGCACACGUACCUGGACUACUCCCUCACCAACCUCCUCGCCGCCGUGCUCAUCGCGCUCACCUUCGGCCAGCUCGGGGACAGCAAGCGCGGCAUGCCCAACUUCUUCACGCAGCUCGGCCAGGACAACUGGCCUUCCGUGCUCUUCGCCAUGGCGGGCGGCGUCGUGCUCAGCGUCGGGAACCUCUCGACGCAGUAUGCGUGGGCGUAUGUCGGGCUCUCCGUCACUGAGGUCAUCAGCUCCAGCAUGGUGGUGGUCAUUGGCACGACACUGAACUACUUCCUGGACAACCGCAUCAACCGGGCAGAGAUUCUGUUCCCCGGUGUGGCAUGCUUCCUUGUUGCUGUCAUCCUUGGCUCUGCUGUCCAUGCCUCCAAUGCAGCUGACAAUGAGAAGAAACUCAGUGGCUCCACAAAUGCCAACAAACUUGGGACAAGUGGAACUGUUGAACCAAGCAAACAAGUCCUAGACAAAGAUGCUCCCAAAGACUUGGAGAAUGGAGCCUCUGGAACCAAGCAAGCUGACAAAGCUGAGGCAGGCACUGCAGAAUACCUCAUUGAACUCGAAGAACGGCGAUCAAUCAAGGUAUUCGGCUCGAACACCAUCAUCGGGCUGGGGAUCGUCUUCUUCGCGGGGGUGUGCUUCUCGCUCUUCUCGCCGGCGUUCAACCUGGCGACCAACGACCAGUGGCACACGCUCAAGGACAGCGUGCCGCACCUGGUGGUGUACACCGCCUUCUUCUACUUCUCCAUCUCGUGCUUCGUCAUCGGCGUGGGCCUCAACAUCCUCUUCCUCUACCGCCCCAUGGCCGGCGUGCCCAAGUCCUCCUUCAGCGCCUACCUCAGGGACUGGAACGGCCGGCAGUGGGCGCUCCUCGCCGGCCUGCUCUGUGGCUUCGGCAACGGCUUCCAGUUCAUGGGUGGCCAGGCCGCGGGCUACGCUGCCGCCGACGCCGUCCAGGCGCUGCCGCUCGUCAGCACCUUCUGGGGCGUCCUGCUCUUCGGGGAGUACCGCAAGUCGUCGCGGAAGACCUACGUCCUGCUCGGCUUCAUGCUCUUCAUGUUCGUCGCCGCUGUCGCCGUGCUCAUGGCUUCGUCAGGUCACAGGAGCACCGAGUGA